GAGGCCAGAAGAGAAGAGUGUGAAACUCUGAAACCCUAGAUUGGUGUUCCUAAUCGUUCUUCUCCGCGAAGAUGCAGAUCUUCGUGAAAACCCUAACAGGGAAGACCAUCACCCUAGAGGUGGAGUCUUCUGACACGAUCGAUAAUGUGAAGGCAAAGAUCCAAGACAAGGAGGGCAUCCCUCCCGAUCAGCAGCGCCUCAUCUUCGCUGGUAAGCAGCUCGAAGACGGAAGAACCCUAGCCGAUUACAACAUCCAGAAGGAAUCGACCCUUCACUUGGUUCUCCGUCUGAGGGGAGGAGCUAAGAAGCGAAAGAAGAAGACCUACACCAAGCCCAAGAAGAUCAAGCACAAGAAGAAGAAGGUUAAGCUUGCUGUGCUUCAAUUCUACAAGGUCGAUGAUUCGGGGAAGGUUCAGAGGCUCAGGAAGGAGUGCCCUAAUGCUGAGUGUGGCGCCGGGACCUUCAUGGCCAACCAUUUCGAUCGUCACUACUGUGGCAAAUGUGGACUUACCUAUGUCUAUCAGAAGGCCGGAGGUGAAUGAGUGAGAGAUUAGGCGGCUCUUUAGGAGUUUCAGAUUGGUUUUGUUGUUAUGCCUUUGAUCUAUAUGCUCCCUUUCUUUUGUUUUUAUCGUAAUACUGAGGA